UUCUAACAUUUUAAUUAAAACGCCACAAAGCAAAUUAUUAACAAGUUAUUUGAUUGCAAACGAAAGUCUACAGUGGAAACUAAAUUACUAGGUCAACAUGGUGUAGUUAAUGAUUCACAGCAUGAGGCCGUGUGCUGUGUCUACACUGUGUUCAGCAUGUUUAUAUAAUCUGUGUCUCCUGUAACCAUUUUCAUGUUGUAAAAGACGUUUAGUGUAAGUUUCAGUUUCUGCGAAGCCGUCCGGGUGAAGACAUGGCUCCCACUCUGUUCGACAUAGAUGCGAAGCCAGGGGACCUGAUAGAAAUCUUGGGCGGGGUGUAUCACCACUGGGCUGUUUUCAUCGGCGGAGAUGAAGUCGUACAUUUAAUUCCUUCAACGCACAGAGGAGGAGAUCUGCUCGAGGUGCUCGCCUUCCUCGAGAGCAGCGACGCCACGGUGAGGCGUCAGAGGAUCUGGGAAGUGGUCGGGUCCAACCGCUUCCGAGUCAACAACCUCCUGGACGACGAGUACCAGCCUCUUGACCCCGGCACCAUCGUCGGCAACGCUGUGAAGACGGUGGGUCAGGAGCGUCCGUACAACGUCGCCACUCAUAACAGCGAACACUUCGUCACCGAGCUUCGAUACGGCAAACCGGAAUCACGACAGGUUCAAACCGCGGCUGUGAUCGGAGGCGUUGCCGCCGCCGGCGUGGCGGUUGCAGUCGUGGGAGCCGCUUUGUUUUCUGCCUUCCGCAAAAAUAAAGACAAAGAAUGAUUACGACUGAAAGUGUUCAAAAGCCUUCAAUGUGCCAAAAACUGUAUGAAAGCAUGAAAAAAGGUUCAUUUUCGCAAUUUAGGUUGUUUUUUUUCUUCCUAUAUUUGCAAAUAUUAAAUGCAUUUUCUCGAAUGGAAAUAGAAAUGCCUUAUUUUGUAUGAAUUUAUGAUGUUUCAUUAAAAAUAAAAGGUAAUUCUGUAGCUUACAACUAAAUUUGUGAUGUUGAUGUGCUUGUUGGGAAUAAAUACAUAUGACUGAUUAAAAUUAGA